AUGGACAACCCAACCCGAGGGCAGGAUGGGCAUUCGUGUUCAAGCCCGAGACUAACCAACCCACCGGCAUUGUGUCUGGCCGCCUUGAGAAGAGAGGACCCUUCGGAGACGAAUCAAGCCAAACCAGCAAUCGGGCUGAGCUGCGAGCUGUCCUUGCUGCACUCCGGUUCCGGCACUGGCAAGGCGAGGGGUUUACGACAUUAG